AUGAACUUAGUCACAGUCGCUUACAUUGAUAUUGGCUGUACAGCCUUAUCAAUGAUGGCUUGCUUUUUAAUUUUAAUUUUAGGGAUUGUCUCCCCUAUUUAUAGAAAAUAUCCUUCAAAGUUUAUUUUACUCAUUAAUAUUAGAAUUAUUGUAUGGAUCUCAUGCUUAUUUAUAAUCCUAGGCAUAUUUAUAUUUGUUGAUUAAUCUUUAGUUAUUAUUGAAAACAAUCAUCCAGACAAAUUUGCAGAAAUCCAUAAACUUACAAAAUUCCUUUUAGGUGUUAUCAUUAUUAUAAUAUCAAAUUAGUUUAUUUUAUUUCUUAAUGAAGUAAAAAUAUGCAUUUACAACCCUUUUUAAGCAACUUCUUCAUCUGUUUUUAUAUUUUUAUUAUUGUUACAGAUGUUAUUAACCUUAGUAUUAAUAAUCAUACCACUACUGUUUUGGAAGUAAUUGUAUCAUUUUUUUAAUUUAGUGAAAUUAAAUAAUAUAGCGUUGUUGCUUCGUAAAUUAAUUUUGGUAGUUUUUUGAUAUGUAUUUUAUUCUAUAUAGCUAUUUGGAUAAUUUUGAAUAAAAAUAAGACAUUAUAAAGUAAAAGACUUUAUGAAUUUAAGUGUGAUUUUGUAAAAUAACAAGGAUAUUGGUUAUCUACUAUGUUAAUAAUUAAUUGUGCUUUCUCAUUUUAUAAUCUAGACUUAUAUGAAAAUGAUGAUUCAUAUCUAUUAAAAAUAGCUUUAAGUUUAGAAGGUUUAUUUUUUUCUAUUUUUCAUUUAAUUUAACCUUAUUCAUAUUAGAAACUAUUUUAUAUAUUCUUUCGAUCUUGUCAGGAAUAAUCCUAUAUUCAAGAUAUAGAAAAUAUUGAAUAUGGAUUGAAUAGUGAUAUAUAAAAUAAGCUAAUGCCUACCUAUGAGAAAUUGUUAAAAACUUAAAUUAAUGAACUUGUUAAAGGUUUAGUUAAAGCUGUGUUUGCAACUCUUGUUAAAUAAUUUGAUCAUCAUAUGAAAGAAUUUGAGAUGAAAAGAACUUAUACAUUUAAAUUUCAUUUAUCAGAAUUAGAUGAAAGCAGAAUUUCAUUUAAUGAAAAUGAUGAUAUUAAAGAUUCUAUCAUUUUAGUAAAUACAUAUCAUCCAAACAGUUUUACUACUUUAUUGAAAUCAAAUAAUUUUAGCAUAAACAUAUUAGAAUAUACUUUAGAAUUGUAAUACAAUUUAAAAGCAUUUGAAAAAGCAAAAGAAUCUAUGGGAAGAAGUGGUGCAUUUUUUUUUUUUAGUUAAAAUAAUAAAUUAAUACUUAAAACAGUUGAAAAAUCUGAAAUUAAAGAUUUCUUAGAUGGACGAAUUGUUUCCUAUUUUAAUCAUAUAAAUAGUAAUAAAAAAUCACUCCUUGCUAAAAUUUAUGGAAUAUAUAAAAUUAAGUUGAUGGCUUACAAAACAUAAUAUCUAGUUUUAAUGGAAAAUUCAUUCGAAUAAAUGAAACAAUUAGAUCAUGAUUUUAUAGUUUAUGAUUUAAAAGGUUCAACUGCUAAUAGAACCUCAAAAUCUGAUGAAAGUGUAUAAAAAGAUAAUAAUUUUAAAUCAUCUUCCUACAACCCUAUUAAUAUACCAAAAGAGAUCUCUGAUCAAAUAAAGAAAUAACUUAAGGAAGAUUGUAAUUUCCUUCGGGAUAUUGGAUAUAUGGAUUAUUCAUUACUUUUAGGCAUAUGUCAAUAAAAUACAUAAUAAAAUGAUUCUAAUAAUUACAGAUUUGUAGUGAAUGAAGCUAGAAAUACUAUUUAUUCAUUUGCAAUUAUAGAUUAUUUGUAAAGAUUUAAUCAAUAAAAAAAAAGUGAAUAAUGUUUUAAAAGAAGCAUGAGAUUUAAAAAGAAAUAGGACUUGUCUUGUAGAAGUCCGGAACCUUACUGUAAAAGGUUCUUAAACUUUAUUGAUUCAAUCAUAAUAUGA